UUUUGGGCGCUUUCUUUUGCCUUUCGAAGAAGCCAUCGCUGCCUGCGCGCUUUGACAUAUAAUAACAAACUCUCUCUCUCUCUCUUCUCUUCUCUCUUUCUCUCUCGUCCUGUGCCUCUAUUUAUAUCCCUCCACACACACAAAUUUCUCACACCAAAACCCAACCAUUUCUGUGCACACCCCAUAGUGCAAGGUCUUUUCUGUUUAUGGCUAAUAAGGAAGAGCAACCCGUCAAGUCAAGGUUCCGACGCAUCUGCGUCUUCUGUGGCAGCAGCCACGGCAAGAACCCCAGCUACCAGCUCGCUGCUAUUCAGCUCGCUAAACAACUUGUGGAGAGGAAUAUUGAUUUGGUUUAUGGAGGAGGGAGCAUCGGCUUGAUGGGUCUCGUCUCUCAGGCCGUCUUUGAUGGUGGUCGCCACGUGUUAGGAGUGAUUCCCAAGACUCUUAUGCCAAGAGAGAUCACCGGAGAGCCAGUAGGCGAAGUUCGAGCGGUGUCGGGGAUGCACCAGCGUAAGGCCGAAAUGGCUCGACAAGCCGACGCUUUCAUCGCUCUCCCAGGUUUUAUUUCACUUCCAUUUUCAGUAUUCAACAUUCAUCACCAUCACACGAUUGUAAACCAAGUCAUUAAAGAAGCAUAUAUUUGUGCAGGAGGAUAUGGAACCCUUGAAGAGCUCUUGGAAGUGAUCACCUGGGCUCAACUGGGAAUCCACGAUAAACCAGUGGGCUUGUUGAACGUAGAUGGGUACUACAACUCACUGCUGUCAUUCAUAGAUAAAGCUGUGGACGAAGGCUUCGUGACCCCGGCUGCCCGUCACAUCAUCGUGUCUGCCCAGACUGCCCAAGAACUCAUGUGCAAGCUCGAGGAAUACGAGCCCAAGCACCGUGGCGAGGCCGCCAAGCUCAGCUGGGAGAUGGAGCAACACUUGGCUCACUCUCAAACCGCCAUGUCAGACAUUUAUCGUUGACUGUAUCUCUCUCUAUGUUCAUCAGCCAUCGCACGUCUGGUCUAUAUUAAUUUGAACCUACACACACAAUCUUGUAGACUGUAGAUGCCAGCUUCACAGUUCCCCAGAUUUUUUUUUUGUAUCGAUCACUCUCUUUAGUUUCUUCAUGCUUACGAUUAACUGUGUAGUUUUUGUUGCUUUUUUCAAUUGUCUUCGAGACGAGACGGUGUAUUUUUUUUAAUUAUGAGUUAACUGUGCAUUAUCUGACAAGAAAUGGGCGAUUGAAAUGGAAGACAUUGUGAAGUCCACUUGUA